AAUACAGUUUUUACUUUAACAAUUAAUUAAAACAAAACUCAGCACCUCCGCAGCCGCUUGUUGGAUCGGAAACAAGUUGAAUCGGAGUCGCACUCAACUCAAUUGGCCGGAAAACUCGGCCGGAGCUAGUUGUCGGCCGGCAGGAACCGUGAGAAAGCAUUAACUCGAGGAUUUAAUGAGUGGCGGUUCUGCAUCUAGUAACUUAAGGUCGGCUCUCUCCCAUUGUGUACAACAAGUGCGAAGUUAUGAUUAUCAUCACUAUCUUUGCCUUCUUGAACUGCCUCCAUCUCUGCGGAAGGCUGCAUUUACACUCCGUGCCUUGAAUGUCGAAACAGCUAGAGCUAUGGAUGUUGCUUCAGAUCCAAGGAUUGGUCUUAUGCGCCUUGUGUGGUGGCAGGAAGCCAUAGACAAAAUAUUUGCCAAUAAAUUAAUUGAACACCCAACAGCGCUGGCCCUGUCACACGUGAUAUCAGAGACCAAAAUUAGUAAGACAUGGUUGAAACGAUCUGUUGAAGCCCGGAUCAACGAUGCAAGAAGAGAGGCUACCGACAUUCCAGAAACUAUGGAAGAAUUGGAGAAAUAUGCUGAGGACACUGUAUCUACUAUGCUAUAUUUGACACUUCAAUCCGGUGGUAUCAUGUCUACUGCUGCUGAUCACGCAGCUUCACAUAUUGGCAAGGCUAGCGGUAUUCUUCUGCUCCUUAAAUCGCUGCCUUAUCACGCUGGUCACAACCGACAUUUUUCUUACAUACCAAGGGCAAUAGCAUCUAAGCACGGGCUAAUAGUUAAGCAGGAAGGUCAAGAGAGAUGGCUGGAUUCUCGUGAGGGUCUUUGUGAAACAGUUUACGAAAUGGCAUCAGUAGCCAAUGCACACUUACAAAAGGCACGGAAAUUAUCUAACAGUGUGCCUGCCGAGGCUCUUCCUGUGCUCCUGCCGUCUGUGCCUGCUCAGGUUUUCUUGGACUCCCUACGCCGGGUACAAUUUGAUGUAUUUGAUCCGAGGCUAGCACGAGGGGUGCUGGGAAUACCACCUUUGUGGUACCAGCUCCAACUCAAGUGGACUUCAUGGAGAAGGAAAUACUAAACUAUUUAGUUUCCCUAGCAUUUUUCAUCCUCGGGGCGGUAUUUUUUCAAAUGUUAAUUGUUUAAUAAGUUUAUCGGACCAUUGUAACAGAAACUAGAUUCUAGAGUGCACUAUUCGUGCAAUGUAUCAUUUUAAAAUGAAGCCUGAUUCAUUUACAGGCUAACAUUAUCGCAUUUGAGUAUACUUAACAUGAUUUUAUGCUCAAGACUUCAAGAAAGAGUUCCAUGGUGCCCAGAAGAUAAGCUAUGGUUUCAUGUUCCUCAUUAUCUUGGCUCUGGCUUUUGGUGGUCGCAUGAAACACAUCUAUGAUGUCCUUGGUGUUCAAGUAGUUUUUGCUACUCCUAUCAUUGUCUUUGAUUUUCUUGCUUUUAAUUAUGAAAUGAUACAUAACAACAGCAGCACAAUGAUAUUGUAAUUUUAUUGUUAAUA